AUGGGGCCACUCACCGUGUGCCGUGCUGAGCUGAGCCUAGGAGCCGGGCUGCCCUGUGCUGGUGGUGUAGGAGCGCUGCUGUGCUGUGCUGUGCUGUGCUGCAGGCAGGGGCGUGCGGCGGCGACUGCGGACCCAAGCUCUCUCCCGCGGCAGCCCUCUCCGCCCGCCGCUCUACUCUCCCACGGGCCCCGCUCCCCCCGACACGGCUCAACGAGCAUCCGCACAAACAUACGAGUGGUGCUCCCCCACCCGCGCACCACCGGCCUCUCACGCACUAAAUCUAAAUGUGCCUACAUACAAAGGUUGAUUGAUCUUGUGAAACUGGAAUGGGUGUUGGGAGCUAUGAAGCACAUAAAGGCACCAGUAAGAUCGACCCGGUCGCAGUUUAGGCCAGACGGACCAUCCGGAAGUAGCGAACAGUGUAGAGGGAGAGAAGCGAACCGAGUCUAUAUAAGUGGGCGCAGCUGGCUGGAGAAAGUGCUGCCCGCCGAGCAGCCCGUGCAGACAGACACAGCGUGGACCGCCAGCAUGCCGCCACGCCGGACACCCGCGGCUGCCACUCUGCUCCCGCUGCUGCUGCUGCUGCUGUUCGGUGCCGCGUCCGCAGCAGACGUUUACGGCCGCGAGUUCGAUGACUAUUUCAAGGACUGCCACCGAAGAAGCCCAGACUUCGAUUCCUGUGUUCUCAAAGGCCUCAACGAUGUACGCCAUUUCUUUCCUACAGGAAUUCCCGAGUACGGAGUGCUGCCCUUCGACCCGUUCUUCGCCAAAGAAGUAGUGCAGAAGCGCGGCGGUCCCGGGGCCAGCUACAAGCUGCGGCUCAGGAAUGUCUACGAACGGGGCUGGACGCGCUCCAACGUCACCAAGUUCAGGAGCGACUUGGACAACAACCGCAUCGUCUAUUCGCAGUUCUUCCCGGAGAAGAGCCUGGACGGCGAGUACGAGAUAGAUGGCGACGUUCUGCAAUACCCCAUGACCAACAAGGGCAGCUGGAACAUGACACUCUACGACUACAGCCAGACGACGACCAUCACGCGGCGACCGACGGCGCGCGGCGGCCGGCUGUCGUUCUCGGGGCCUCUCAAAGUGCGCGUCCACGUGGAUCACAUCGGCAACAUGGACCUGCACGUCGGCAACCUGCUGCGCGGACGCGCCGUCAUGGAGCGCAUGCUGGACCGCAUGAUCAACACCAUGUGGCGCGUCGGCCUGGGAGCGGUGAAGCCGCUCGUCAACGAUCUGGUCAGCACGGCCUUCACAGAGAUCUUCAACAACGACUUCAAGGACUUCCCCUUCGACAAGAUAUUCCCACCAUAA